AUGCAAGAGGAGUGUCCCUCGAUGACGCAUCUUUCACCAUCACCUUCCAUGCAGCACGAGCAAAGGGAUGACGUUGCGAUAGCAGCUAGCUCAAGAACAGCAAGUCGUUUCUUCCCAUCCCUCGUUUCUGGUGAUAACCAUCUCCCAUCAUGGCAUAAGCCGCGUGUUGUUGGUAGGUCGGUUUGGCUUGAGACAGGUGUAGCACUGGUGCGACACCCUUCUCAAUGUCGACAAAUGCAUAAUUUUCCCCACCUUCCUGCAAGUCAGGCGGGACUCCGCUCCGAGUGGCGCACCAUCUUCCGAGUGCUGCAGCACUCCUCGCUGUCCCUAGCCGCAUGCAGUCACCGAUGUCGGCGCGCCUGUAUCAUUACCGAUGCCCAGUCAGUAGGCGUACUGUUGGGUGGAAUAGUCCUCGUGAAGAGAAGCGGUAGCCGCUACACGCAGCGCGUCCAGUUCAUGAGCGAAGUUGGUGGCCCCACUGAAGCACAGUCGAUCGCCUUCAUGCGCAUGGGAUCGCUUGGUCAAUGCUCUCCUGUCCUACACACGACAGUAGACAACACACCGGGGCUGUGUUUGCCUCAUCAACCCGCAAAAUGGCACGAGAAGGACCCACUGGCAUGGUCGGGAGCCGAGCCGGUCCGAGCGAUUGUCUCAGUGACGGAGGCCCAUCCUGGCCUCAAACGCAAUCCCCAACCAACUGCCCAGGGCAUCUCUUGGCCACAAUUCCACCAUACUCCGAAACGUGCACGACGUCACAUUGCAGUGGGUGCACAUGCGUCUCGACCUGAUAACCAUAUGCCUUUGCACCAUUCUCCCACAUGGACUGAACGACACAUGGAUGCAUGCUUGGCGAGACGUUGGCGUACUGCAAUGCCCAACCUCGUGACGUUGGCAUCCAUGCCAUCCGGUACGUCAGGUGUGUUGGUGAAUGUACGCAUCCCUCCUUAUGACAGCAGGCUUCACCGCAUCCUACUUCUCUGUCGAUGCACCAUGAGGUGUCGUGCACCGACUGACGGACGGAUUGACACUAAACAAUGUGCUCUCGAUCUUGGGUAG